UACGUGGAGUAGCUUUUUUCACCUUUCGCGUUAAUAUCUAAGACUAACUGUGUGAAUAUUUAAACCGUCCAACAUCCGCUGGUAAGCAAGGCUUGCUUUCGGUCUGUUAUUGUGGUGUGAAAUGGCAAUGGAACUGAGCAUUUUAACGCUUAACAUUUGGGGCAUUCCGUACGUAUCGAAGGACCGAGAGAUACGAGUGAAGGCCAUUGGAGAUGUGCUGGCCAGCGGUAACUAUGACGUCGUUUCGCUGCAGGAAGUGUGGUCCGAAGCGGAUUAUCAAUAUCUGAGGCAGCGUGUGGAAAAUGUGCUUCCGUUUUGUCACUAUUUUUAUAGUGGUGUCGUCGGCUCAGGGUUAGCGAUUCUCUCGCGCUAUCCGAUUGUUUCAGCAUUCUUCCAUGCUUGGUCCGUGAAUGGGUACAUCCAUCGCAUCCAGCACGGCGAUUGGUUCGGUGGGAAAGGUGUUGGCAUGGCCAAGAUCUCCGUUAACGAUCAGCCAGUGCAUGUGUACGUCGCUCAUCUUCAUGCGGAAUAUAAUCGGCAAUGCGAUGACUACAUGGCCCACCGGGUCAUUCAAGCGCACGAUACUGCUCAGUUCAUCGAAAGCACUCGUGGCCAGUCGGUGCUGCAGAUACUGGCCGGUGACCUAAACACGGAGCCGGGCGAUCUUGCCUACCGCGUGCUGGUGUCCUGCUCGAAACUGAAAGAUUCAUAUGAUCGCAAGAUGCUGGGAAGCUUGGUGGGUACAAACGAAUGUAAAUCGAACAGCUAUACCGAUCCCUCGGCUGCGAAACAGAAUCCCCAAGGAAAGCGAAUUGAUUAUGUGAUGUACCGCAUCGGAGAGCAUUAUGAAGGCCGGCUGCUAGAGCACCGGUUACCGCUGGCCGAGCGUGUCCCCGGUCAAACUUGUAGCUAUUCUGAUCACGAGGCUGUGUACGCGAAACUGAUACUGAAGAAGAGUUCAUCGUCCACCAUUCAGAACUUGAUAGCGUGUAAUAGUGGAAAGACACGAGAGGAUGACUCUUGCAAUCGAGAUACACGGGAGGAAACACAGCGCGAGGCUGUGAUGGCGCUGCGAGAGAGUGUGGCCAUCUGCAACGAAAGCCUAAAGCAGCUCGAGUCUCAUCGACGUAGCUACACUCUGAUGGCGAUCGGUGUGGUAAUCGUGCUAAUCAAUCUGCUUGAAUUGCAAGCUCCGUACGGGCUAAAGAUUGCCUUUCUGGUACUGAAGUUUUUGCUCUGCGCCGUGAUCAUUUUCUUCGUCGUUAUGGCAACAAUCUGGAACGUGAUGGAAAAGCAUGGCAUACUGUCCGGAAAGUUGUCGAUGGAAAUCGCCCUCAAAGGGUACAGUCUCGAAGCUGCAAGCGGUGGACGAAGCGGUAUCAUAGAGUAGAAAUGAUAAAUGGUGCCGAUUGCACCGAACCAUAAAUGUAUUUUUCAGCCUUCCCUUAGUCGAGUUCGUUUUCUUCCAUUUCCACAAACGUCCUUCGCAAUGCACGCCAAUGUAGGCAACUUAGAGAAGACUGCACGAAACCGCUAAGGUUGUGCGUUGAGUUUCCAACAAUGGAACACAGUACUCAACACCAGCCGAUAGAUUGUUGAGCCGAGAGAAAGAGAGUGAAAUAUAAACAUUCCCCAAAAACGUUGCAUGGGAAAAAAACCUCUAGACACGCUUUGUUGUUUGAUUCCGAUUUUCCAUGCCAAUGUAUUACUCAUCGCCCCCUUAGGCAUAUCUAGGAAGACUGUAGGCGUGGAAAAAACCAAGAUUUUCCUCUACGAUAUAGACGCAGUUAGAGAUAAAAUGGUAUCUAAUACUGGCACAAAUCCAUAAGUUAUCGAUUCUUCCAGUGCCCCUCAGCUCAGACAAUCCUAUUGUAUAUGUAAAAAACCCGAGUCAGGUGAUGUAUGAGUCACGUCUGCUUUGUUGAUGGAAUCGGCGUCGAUUACCCGCAAUAUUGGUUCCGGUGUUUUAUGAACCGUGGUAAAAUUAAAUAAUAAAAACUAUCACACAUCCUUUUUUUAUCAAAACAACAUUUGCCGGCGUCACUUAAAAAUAAAAAAACGUCACACGGAGGAAGUGAUGGAUGCGGUUGAGAUAGCACGUGUUCAAAGUCAACCUGUCCGGUGUUGCCUAUUUUACCUUGUAUCCGAGCUUGAGGUUGUUAUAGUAAUUAUUUUUGACGCUAUGAAUAAGGCAUUGUAAGCAUCGAGUACAAUUUUUAUAUUGGAUGAAUUUAGCGGAAUUGAAACAGAAGAAUGGACAAGUUCAAAUAUUUGUUUACAUUGUUAAAAAAAGGUUUGUGUGGAU